UGCACCUGAUCUGACACAGACAUAUCCUGCUGAGAGAAUAAACAGUCAGAUAGAAAGGAACAAACUCAAGAGUAAACCGGGACUGGUUAUCUGUUCAUCUGUGAGAGAAGUUAGCGACACGCUGCAGCCCCCCUCCCUCCAGUCUGCUUCAGCCACACAGCCGAGGAGUCUCCAGCCCUCUGAAAGCCCCCUCUGUGCAGGAGUGCUGUGCCUGGUGGAGCAGCAGGACCCUCUGACUGCAGAGACCAUGUCAGAUGGAGCCAUGCUGCCACCGACUGCCCCCUUUACAAGGGGCUGUAAAGAAAGAGCAAGUCUACCUGUGGGCUGGUUAAGGGGUCAGACCAGCGAGAGACCGCCUGGUGUGAUGUACCUGCAGUACAGGGAGGAGACUAAGCAGGUAAGGCUGCCGGCUGAGCUCAGUGGUGAGGACGCUGUGCGGGCUCUCUUCGUCUCCGCGUUCCCUCAGCAGCUCACCAUGAAGAUGCUGCAGUCUCCCAACAUGGCCAUCUACAUCAAAGACACCAGCCGCAACGUCUACUAUGACUUGGAGGACAUCAGGAACAUCAAAUCCCACUCCUGUCUCAAGGUGUAUCACAAAGACCCUGCACAUGUGUUCAACCACCACGCCAGGCCUGAGGUGAAGAUCUCUAAAGAGGUGCUGUACGGCAGUCACAGUCUAGUCCACACCCUGUCAGCGUCCGGAUGCAGCACUCUGCGCAGCCUGCAAGGCUCUAUGUCACCCCCCAUGGUCCGCUCCAUGCCCUCCUCUCCCUCCAGGAGGCCAUACGGUGGGAGCAUAGGGAGUAGGACUGGGAUGGUGGAUCCAGGAAGCGCCACAUUACCACAGGAGCGCUUGUCAGGGGUGGGGCGAUCCAGCUCCCUGUGCUCCAGCAGCAGUGCCAUACUGGAGAGGAGAGACGUGAAGCCUGAUGAGGACGUUGGCAGCCGUAAGGCCCUGGUGGUUCGUGGUGAAGGAGGACCACAUUACCCAGACUUCUACUGCUCCUCCCUGCAGGACGGAGGGGGAGGGGGUCGCCUCAGCUUCAGCUCCUCCCAGUGUAGCACUCCUCCCUCUCUGCCUGCAGAAAUGGUGGAUGCGGGGGUCUCAGGGAUCCCGGGGGUGCUGCAGCAGUACCGGGCCUCCAUCAAACCCCUGAUGGGCUUCGGAGACAGCAUGGAUCACCAGACCCACUCCCUGCACAGGCAGAAGAGCAGGAAGUUGGGAGACAGCCAGUUUCCACCGAUGGGAACCAAAACCCCGCCCCCUCCCCCUCACAGAGUCAAUGAAGUUAGGAUGAGUGGAGGACAGAUCAUCGGAGGCGUGGGCCUGGUGUCUCCAGAGAGGAUGUCUCCGAUUCACCGGUCCCUGUGGCAGGAUAGUAACGGGGUCCAAGUGGAAAUUGUCAACAGAAGCAGAGGAAGUGGCUCCUCCUCCUCUACCUCGUCCGUUUUUUUGGACAGCCCUCUGGGACAACCAGAGAGACUGCUUCAGGGUCAUGUGACUACCAACAACCCCCAGAGUGAAAGAAUGAAAGCCAUGGAGGAACAGAUAGCCAGUCUAGCAGGUCUGGUGCACAGUGCUCUGGUGGCAGAGGUUCCAGCAGUCAAGGCUCUCAGUGAGAAUGCUGAAUGCGAACAUCUCAAAAACAGACCUGGAGCGUCAUCUGAGUCCGAGGUCCCUGCGGCUGUGAUUGAUGGCCUGAGCCCUGCCUCCCCCUCUCACAGCCGACUGCAGCAGAGCUUGGUGUUAGCGAAGAGAAAUGUGUGUGAUCUGCAAUUCCAACUCAACCAACUCAGACACUUACAGCUGUCAAACCAGGAGAACGUGAGUUCUAUGGUGCGGAUGGUGGGUCAGGAGCUGGUGGUGCUGAUGUGUGAGCGGCUGGCUCAGAGUGAGGAGGCAGCGUACAGACGGCGGGCAGAGAUGGAGCAAGAGAGGAUCCACUACCUGACCACAGAGGAGAGGAUACUCGCACAGCUCCAGGAACUGGAGGACUUUGUGGAGUGCCUGCAGAGUAGCUCCGCCUCCAGUGCCGAGCAGCUGUCCGUCACUCUAAGCGAGGUGGAGGACGGAGCAGUUAACCUGCAGAGGGUUGGAGCAGCACUGGCCAUCCUGAGAGGUGAGUUUCCAGAACUGCAGGGGAAGCUGCGUGCAGUGCUGGGGCUGGAGGUGGAGGCGAUGCGUUUCCUGAAGGAAGAGCCUCAUAAGAUGGAGUCCAUGCUGAAGAGGGUCAGGGCCCUGACGGAGGCCCUCAGCUGUCUCCGCAGGUGUGUGUCAGAGUCAACCCCCCCAGCCACAGCAGCUCAGGUGGAGCCUCUUAAUAUCCCGGGAACACACCAGGGACCCCUGAAGACCCAGAGCCCCCAGACCUCCCCCAAACCCCAACCCCGAUCCUCCGUCAAACCUGCCCCACUCACCCCCUCCCUUCCUGGGGGUCCGUCCGAGGCCUCCCCGGUCAUGGCCCGCAGAAUGAACACAGCAGCCUCAGUGAACCAGUCCCCCCACCACCAGCCCAGCCCCCCACUGACUCCCACCCAUGGGAGAGACUCCCCCUCUGUAGCCAAGGUGAGUCCUUGCAGCAGAGAGGGCAGCCCCGCCCUGCAGAAGAGACCCCUUCAGCACCCAACACAGGGGGGCCACACUGACCCGACCAGCAUGAUGCAAACAAACACACAAACUGAGACUGUAGAGAGAUGGACUCCAGAGUGCAGUCUGAGUGUACAGACCCCCCCCCCCAGCACCAACACACACUGUGAGCAGGACCUCCAGGAAGCCCAGGCCCACCUGAUACAGUCUGUCCCUGCUCUGAAUGUGUCACACUCACACACAGAGGGAUGCUCUGCCUCAGGACAGAGAGCUUCUACAGCCUCAGUGGAGCAGCAGGAAGUGACACCUCCCCAGCUGAGGGAGGAUGUGGGCUCCACCCAGUCAGUUGCCCUAGACUCAGCUCCAGCAGCCCCGCAGCUUGUUGCAGUCCCUGUGAAGCUUCCGACCUCAGCCCGCCCCUUAGCGUCUCCAUCAGCCCCCACCUCAGUGUCUACAUCAGCCCCCACCUCAGCGUCUCCCAGCACAGAGCGCAGCAGACGGCCACAGGUGGAGAAACCACGCCGCACCAGCGUGGACAAGGCUAUGAAGCACAGUCCAGACAGAGGGGGGAAGUCUCCCCCUCCUCCCCCACCACGGAGGUUCCACGCUGUCAGCUCAGGACUCACAACCGGGAGCUCAGGAGAAGUGAUUUUUACCACCAAGAAGGAAUUGGGGGGAGCCAAGGAUGACAAUGAGAAAAAGCCUCCUGUGGGUCCUCAGCCCAAACCCCCUAGACAGCCCCCAGAGGUGAAACCCAAACCCACCAUCUCCCUUCAUACAGUCCGGACACACAGGGAAGAAGAGGAGGAAGACAACAAGUUCCUGAAAGAGCUGCAGAAAUGCACUAUGGGAGAUGUAGUGAGCAGAGGUGGGAUUAAACCCUCAGCCUCUGAGUUCCAGAGCACAGAGAUGCAGUCUAAGGUGACUGCAGCUCUUUCAGCUAUUAAUGUGUCAGAUGGAAAUAAACAAUGGAAAGGAGAGAUGUCGCAGUUGGCCAAUCAGAAGCCAUCAGAGUUGGCAGCAUCUGACCACCAGUCAGCUCCUCGGAUGGGAAUUUCAGAAAAAAUCGAAGUUAGUAAAGAACAUGUACAUUCAGUUGAGAAAGAAGGAGCAGAGGAGAGUCUACUUAAAAAAGUGCCUUCCCUAAACUGUGCAGCAGUAGCCAAGGUUUUACAAAAUGUUCAGACGGCACAGGAGAAUGAGGCAGCACCAACACCAACCCAUAACAAAGCAGACACGAUGGAGGUUCUCACAGCUAUAACUUCACAAAAAGGAAAUGAUCUUACUUGGAAAAGUCCUGGUCAGAUUAAUAAGGAGGUUGUUGGACAAUUGGUUUCCCCUACAACAGCAGAAAAGAAGGUCAAGUUCACCACCAUUGUUACUCUACUUAAAGAAACCACUCAAGCCACUGACAUCACCGGUCCUGACACCACAAAAGAACAAGCUCUGAAAGAGAUACCAGCUGAGAAGAAGUCAAGUAUGACAGUAGUAGUAACAUUACAGAAAGAAGACCCCCCCGAGGAUCGCUUGAUACAGUCCCACGAGAACAAACUCCUGGACUUAAAUCAGUGUGUAGCUUCUCCACCUGUCCCCAAAAUGUCCUCCAGCAGGACGGUUAACCACAGCAGCAGGCAGCAGAGCCUGCAGGCAGCAGCGCAGCCUUCCCAGGACACAUCCCAGUACACAGAAGAAGGAGGGAGUCUGAGCCCUGAUAGUUUGGACAAUGAGGGACCUCCUCCUCCUCCACCUCCCACUGGUAAAAUCCCCCUGAGAAUCACCAAGAGCCAGACCCACAGAGUCUUGGAUGGCCCUGAAACACAGCCUGGGACAGGUGAACCCACUUAUGUGGUGUAUGAAAACCAAGGUUUUGAGGAAAUGUAUUACUCUGAUAAGAAACCCAUAAUCAUUGUUUUGAAUGAACCUAUGGACAUCGAGUCAUCCUACAAGCGCCUGUCUACCAUCUUUGAAAGUGAGGAGCAUCUUGAUGAGAUUCUUUCUCCAGAAAGUGUUUUGGAUGAAGAUGAGUUUCAUCACGGAAAAGACAAACAGGACGUGAGAAAAAUUGGCAACAGUGACAUUAACACAGGUUUAGAGAUCACAACAAAUGUUCAGAUUUCUCUACGGCUUCAACAACAAAGACCUAAUAAUGGCCCAAUACCUGAAAACCAUGACCAGGGUGAACCAGAUUUCCUUAGAAAGCCAGAGACCAAACGAAAGUUCAAAUUUAAGUUCCCCAAAAACAAACUUGCUGCAAUUAGCCAGGCCAUACGAACAGGGACGACCAAAACAGGAAAGAAGACUCUGGAGGUUGUUGUCCAUGACGAAGAGAAAGAAAUAGUAUUGGAUAGCAAGUCAGCAAAGGAGACCAAGAAGAAGACAAAAGAGUCCAAGAGGUCCGAGACCAGCAGUCCCAAACAAGUCAACUCUGGUGAGAGAGACAUCCAGGUCUCCCCCAUCACUGUCUGCAGUCACGCAAAGGUACUUGGCCGGGCAGAGAAGUUCUGCAAGAGUACGCCUGACUCUGUAGACGCUUUAGAAGAGUCCCUUAAACAGCUGGAGAUCAGAGUGGACAGCAUGAUGUGCCCCCCCUUCCCCGGCAGCAUCAUAUCUUCACCGCCUCAGUCCCCUGAUUCUUCUUCAGAGUUCACUGACAGAGCUAAGGCUAAAAUCAAACGAGAAAGGGAGAGAAGCCCGUCUAAGAGGCCAGCCUCUCAGGUCCUCAAGGGCCCGAAUCCACCUCAGAGUAAAAGGGCCAAACCACAGCCUCCACCUGACACACGGAGAAGCUCCUCCACGAAACAGUCCUGCAGCAGCUCCAGCUCUUCUGUUCAGAGAUCCCUACCCAAGGACCGCCACACGUCCUCCUCUGGCUCCCAAGAGAAGACCCCUAAGGGCCAGAAGCAGCCCAGCCAGCCACAUCUUGUUGCCAUCCGACGUUGACGUCCCACCCGCCCAGCAGGGGCCCCCCCGCAGCAGCAGCAGAUGCCAGCCCCCCUUCGCCUUCACCUCCAACUCAGCCUCCCAACACAGCUUCUACUUUUCAUCGUCCUACUCUUCAUCCUCGCCCUCCUCCUCGACCUCCUCCUAUCUGUCCCCCAACUCCUCCCCGUCCUCCUCCCUCCUCCCCUCCGCGGUGAGUCCUGGGCCUAGGAGCGUCCAGAUAUCAGCGUCCAGCCUGCACUUUCCAGGCGGUGGGGGCAGGGAGAGCAGCGGAGGUCAGCAGGUCCUGCGUCUGGGGGGGAGCUCCAAGGACGCAGCGUGAUGUUCCAUCAAACUCCAUCCUGUG